AUGGCCUCUUCAGACCAGCAACAUCUUAACAUCCAAAUUCAAGAUGACAUGAAGUAUGAUAUUCGUAUUGAAAAUGCUCAGGUGGAAAGCGGAGAAUUCUACAGGGAGGGUAAUCGAAAUGAUAUUCUAACCACUGACGACAUUGAUGAUAUGAGCAUUCGUCACAAUGGUGGCAAGCGUAAUAUCUGUUCCUGUGGCGAGACCGGCUCCAUGUCAGGACCUCAAGGUGCGAUUGAUCUCGUCGACGAUGUGAGAGAUGCUAGAAUUUGCACUCUCGCUUGGCAUGCUUCUAUGGAGCCCGGAAGACGAAAUUCAUUCACAAUGCAUAACCAGAACCCAAGAUACAAGGUUGAUAUCGGGAAUUGGAAUGAAUCUGGUACCAUGGGAGAUAUCCCGGUUACUAUCGGGGAGAAGUAA